CACAGCAAUGAUGUCACUGCACUUUGAACCUGUGCAAACCCCAGGUGACCAGUCUGGGUGGAGCCCAGCUGGAGCGAGGCGAGGAAGGUCCCUGGGGCUGUCCUUCCCUGAGCAAAGGACCUCUCGGCUUGGUGUGAACAGCAGCAGUGGCCCCAGUGCUGGUGAGAACAUGAUGGCGUUCCAACGCCCCCAGCCUCCCUUCCUGUAUCCGGCUGUGCCCUUUACUGGGGAGAUCCAAGGAGGCCUGGAGGACGGGCUUCAGAUCACUGUCAAUGGGUGUGUUCACCCCAGCGCCAGCAGGUUUGCAGUGAAUUUACAGAGUGGCUUCAGCGAGAACGACAUUGCCUUCCACUUCAACCCGCGCUUCCAAGAGGGUGGAUACGUGGUCUGCAAUACCAAGCAGAAAGGCAACUGGGGCGUGGAGGAGAGGAAGAUGCACAUGCCCUUCCAGAAGGGGGCGCCGUUCGAGCUGUGCAUCCUGGUGCAGAGCUCACAUUUCCAGGUGACAGUGAAUGGUUCCUUCUUUGUGCAGUACGCACACCGGGUGCCCUUCAGCAGCGUGAACGCCAUCUCUGUCGCUGGCUGUGUGCAGCUGUUCUACAUCACCUUCAAGAGCACCCGCGUGGCCCUCUGCCAGCCUGCCUUCACGAGGCCAUCCUCCCAGCCAGUGCGUUCCCCACACAAGUGCAAGGGGCGCAAAGCAAGACCUCCAGGCUUCGGUUCUGCCAACUUUGCCCCUGUCACUCCAGUGGUGAUGCCCACGGCUCAGAGUGUCCCUGGACAGAUGUUCCCAAAUCCUGGAAUCCCACCCAUGCUGUACCCAAACCCUACCUAUCCCAUGCCUUUCUUCACCAGCAUCCCGGGCGGGCUGUACCCAUCCAAGUCCAUCAUCGUGACGGGCACCGUCCUGCCCAGUGCUCAGCAGUUCCAUAUCAACCUGCGCUCCGGGAGUGACAUCGCGUUCCACCUGAACCCCCGCUUCAACGAGAACGCCGUGGUCCGCAACACCCAGAUCAAGGGCUCGUGGGGGUCUGAGGAGCGGAGGCUGCCACGGCAAAUGCCCUUCCACCGUGGCCAGAGCGUGGCGGUGUGGAUCAUGUGUGAGAGCCACUGCCUCAAGGUGGCCGUGGAUGGCCAGCACCUGUUUGAGUACAACCACCGCCUGAAGAACCUGCCCGCCAUCAACAACCUGGAGGUGGCCGGCGACAUCCAGCUGACCCACGUGCAGAUAUAGGCGACCUCGCAGGGGCCUCCCCGGCCUCUGACCUUUAGCCUUGCUGCCUCACCUUGCACCUGCUCCAGCCCCUCACCCUCCAGGAAAGCCACCUGAUGACUUCCUGCAGGCCUGCAAUUGGCCAGAACUUUCUCAGCAGUGGGCUCGCCCGUUGGCCGUGUCCUUACAAUAAACAAGCUUCUUGGUGCAUAA